UUGGUGCGUUCCAGGAACUGGCGCGGGAGCACGUUGGAGGACUCAGGAGUCGUUAGUGGCUCCGAUGUUAAAACGGGACUGUGUGGGACCCGACGCAGGUGGGCGGGAGCUGUGAUGCUAUAAUGUGCCAUUGUGUCACCCCCAAUAUUACUAGAUAAUGUGACUGACCCCCAGAGUACUUUUGCUGUAUACUGUAUGAGAAAUGAAGCAAGAAGAACAAAGCACAAAUAUGUCUUUCAUUGACACAACCAUCAGGAUGAGAAAUGAAGCCAGUGCCAAAAAGGCUGUGUUAGCCUGGGCCCUACUGAACCUGUCUCUGGCUGGAAUGAUCUACACAGAAAUGACUGGUAAAAUGAUUAUAACGUACUGUAAUAUUUCUUAUUGGCCUCUAUGGUACAUCGAACUAGCUCUUGCCUCUCUUUUCAGUCUAAAUGCCCUGUUUGAUUUUUGGAGGUACUUUAAAUAUACAAUGACUUCCCAAAACCUUAUUCUGAGUCCCUCCCAACAAAAACUUCUAGGAGUGCCUUACUCAGCUACACAGUCCUCUCCACCUCGUGAACUUGUGCCAAAUAAGGUCCUAACUUCUACCCCAUCACCCAGCAUGCAGGGCCAAAGUGUGCUGAGCUAUAGUCCCUCACGGUCACCAAGCAGUAGCCCAAAGUUUUCUUCCAGCUGUGGGUACAGCCCUCAGUUACAAGCCAUAUUACCAAACAGUAGUGGUUCCUUCACUUCAGCUAUGCCUUAUUCACCAAACAGCAGCUACUCAACGGGGCCAAGUUACUCCCCAACGCAUGGGUCACCACAGUACCCCAGUAGCCUUGGCCCGGUUGAAAGCGGUGGAUUAAGAUCUCGGUACCGUUCUUCACCAACAUCUUUCAUCUCCCCCACUGGCACAGAAGACUACAUGACAGACGUGAAGUUAUUGGACCUGUUUCUUCGUUGUGAAGAAGAGAAGAAGCAUCGCACACAGCUAGGAAGCCCAGAAUCCAAUUCACCCUCCAACAGUCCAACUUUCUGGAAUUACAAUCGCACUAUGGGGGACUAUGCUCACACCCUACGCAAAUUUCAGUAUCAGCUGGCCUGCCGCUCCCAGGCUCCUUCUGCAAAUAAAGAUGAAUCUGACCUUGGUUCCAAGCAAGCUGCAGAAGAGGUUUGGGCAAGAGUCACAAUGAAUCGCCAGCUGCUGGACUACAUAGAUUCAUGGACCGCAAAUAUCCGUAAUUGGAUUAAUGAGACUAUUUUGGUACCAAUUGUUCAUGAAAUGGAGUCUGUGAACACACAGCUGAGACGACAUGGCUGCCCCGAGCUGCAAAUAGGAGAAUCCAGCAUCAGCAGUCUAAAGCAAGCUGCCCUUAUGAAAGGACCACUGAUCCCUACCCUGAAUAUUAUUGUGCAGUAUCUUGAUAUCACCCCAAACCAGGAGUAUCUCUUUGAGCGCAUUAAAGAGCUGUCACAUGGAGGUUGCAUGAGUUCUUUUCGUUGGAACUCUGGGGGAGAAUUCAAGGGUCGCAAAUGGGAUACAGACCUUCCCACAGACUCUUCAAUCAUCAUGCAUGUUUUCUGUACAUACCUUGAUGCCAGACUACCACCUCACCCCAAGUAUCCUGAUGGGAAAACCUUUACCUCGCAGCACUUUGUCCAGACGCCUGAUAAACCAGAUAUUUCAAAUGAGAAUUUGUUUUGUAUCCAUCAGAGCAGCAUCAACCCUCCACAUUACGAGCUAGUUUAUCAGAAGCACUGCUACAAUUUACCUAAGGGAAGGAAUAACUUAUUUCAUACUCUACUUAUGUUUCUGUACAUCAUAAAAACCAAGGAAUCUGGGAUGCUUGGAAGAGUGAAUCUUGGUCUAUCCGGAGUGAAUAUUUUAUGGAUAUAUGGUGAUCUUUGAUAGUCGACCAAUUUUUUUUUAUUAUAGGCAUUUAAAGACAUUCAUGUUUGAUCCUUUUGCUACUUGACAGUUCUUCAGAUGGUCUGAAACGGGGUGUUUUAAAGUAUACAACUUUUUAUGACCUUUUUAAGUAUCCAUUUGUAUAUAACAAUUGUUUUGUAAAACUUAUGAAAAAGAAAAACCAAUGGGGAAUUUCUAGAGGGAAAAUGACUACAGCUCAAAAAUUGUGUGAAUUUCAUAGUCAUUGUACAUUAUAGUUUGACUGGAUAAACACAUAGGAGUUGCCUCUGGGAAAAUCCUUGGCGGCUGUCAUCUCAGUUUCAAGAUUUCACUUUAUGGUCCUUAGUAUUGAAAUUGCCAACAGUUAAAAGAAGAAUGUUUGGAAAAAUGUACAUUUGGUUUGUAGAUUAUUUUUUUAUUAGAGUUGGGUCGGCAGAAUGGUUUUCAUAUAACUUGAAAGGGGAUGUGAGGAUAUUUAUGCUUAUGUUGCUGUUAAACUAGUUCUCAAUCUGGCAUGACCAGUGGUUAGAGAUGUGGUGGUAAAAAGGGGCAGAUGGAUGUUGAAAUGGUUAUUAGCUUUUGCUAGAAGAAUCGAAAGUUAAAGGGAUACUAAAGCCCCAAAAAAUUCUCUCAUGAUUCAGAUAAAGCAGCUAAUUUACUCCUAUUAUUUUUUUUCUUUGUUCUCUUGCUAUCUUUAUUUAAAAAGCAGGAAUGUAACGCUUAGUAGCCAGACCAUUUUUGGUUCAGAACCUGGGUUAUGUUUGCUUAAUGGUUUGCUAAAUGUAGCCACCAAUAAGCAAGCUCUGUCCAGGGUGCUGAACCUAAAAUGGGCCGGCUCCUGAACUUUACAUUCCUGCUUUUUAAAUAAAGAUAGCAAGAGAACGAAGAAUUGAUAAUUGGAGUAAAUUAUAAAGUUGCUUAAAAUUGCUUCUCUAUCUAAAUUAUUAAAUACAUUUGGGCUUAAUAUCCCUUUUAAGUUUUGACUUCCAUGCCCCUUUUAACUUUUUGUGUGCCAGUCAAGUGAAACACAUGUUACACAUCACUCCAUUAAUGCAACUUUAUUUCUUCCUAAACAGUUUUUUUUUUUUUUCUUUGUUUUUUUGUUGUUGCAUUAUUUGUGAGCUGGUGCAUGAAAUAAAAUCUCUAAAGUGUU